CUGGCCAGGCAGCCUUUCAGGGAAGAUGCAGCCACUUCUGCUUCUGUUGAUCUUCCUCCUACCCCCUGGGGCUGAGGCAGAGAAGAUAAUCGGAGGCCAGGAGGCCAGACCCCACUCCCGCCCGUAUAUGGCGUUUCUUCGGAUCCAGACUCCAGUAGGGCAGGGCAUAUGUGGGGGGUUCCUGGUACGAGAAGACUUUGUGCUGACGGCAGCUCACUGCAGGGGAAGACGUAUAAAUGUCAUCCUGGGGGCCCACAAUAUUCAGAGGCAGGAAAGGACCCAGCAACGCAUCACUGUGCGCAGAGCCAUCCCCCACCCUCAAUAUAAUCUGCAGACCCACCAGAAUGACAUCAUGUUACUGCAGCUGAGGAAUAGAAUCAGACGGAAUCGAGCUGUGAGCCCAGUGGCUCUGCCUCAGACCCAGGAGAGGCUGAGGCCCGGGGCGCUGUGCACUGUGGCCGGGUGGGGCCUGGUCAACCUGAACAGGAGAACAAGCAGACUCCACGAAGUGCAGCUCAGAGUGCAGAGGGAUGAGGAAUGCAAUCGCUACGGAUCCUACAACUUCCGAACACAGAUUUGUGUGGGAAACCCACAGGAGAGGAAAUCUGCCUUCAGGGGGGACUCCGGAGGCCCCCUGAUAUGUAACAAUGUGGCCCAGGGCAUAGUCUCCUAUGGAAAUAGUUGGGCAACUCCUCCAGCAGUCUUCACCAGGAUCACAAGCUUUCUGCCAUGGUUAAGGAGAACAAUGAGACGCUUCAAAGAGCCAGAUCAGAUUGAGAUGCCCCACCAUGACUGA